AUGUUAAAGUACACUGAGCAUGGAAAUGUGAUAGUGCAAGAGGGUCAUGGUGUCCUAUGGACACAUAUUCUUGUUAUCAAAUUUACUUUCACAACAGAUGGUAUACCAGUGACUAUCUACAAGCCAGCUUCCUGUAGAAAUGAUCCUUCUAUAUUUGUGUAUUUCCAUGGAGGAGGCAAUUGUGUUGGAUCCAGAGCUGGUGUUGAUACAGUUUGUAAAAUCUUUUCAAGAGAUGCUGGUUGUAUUGUCGUCAAUGUAGAAUAUCGACUGGCACCAGAAUUUAAAUUUCCAAGUAACCAUGAUGAUGUUUUGUGUGUUUUUCAAUGGGUCAAAGGUCAUAAGGAAGAAUUAGGUGGAUCAUCCAGAAGUACAAUUGGAGCAGGUGGGGAUAGUGCUGGAGGUCGAUUGGCGGCUGUUGUAUGCCAUGAAGAACAAGGUAUAGAUUAUCAGAUUUUGGUGUAUCCUAGUGUUGAUAGUACACACUCGUCUCCAGCACAUCAAGAGUUUAUCAGAGGACCAGCACUUACUAAACAAUUGAUAGACUGGUUUAUUGGCAAUUAUUUUUCAAAUGAAUCUGACAAGGCAAGUUUGAGAGGUUCACCAUUACGGAAUGAUACCAAGAGUUUUUCUAAGUUACCACCAGCUUUAGUUAUUGUGGCUGAUAUUGAUCCACUCAGAGAUAAUGCCAUAUUGUACCAUGAGAAGAUGAAAUCAUCUGGAACCAGCAGUGAACUGUUACUUGUCCAAGGUGUUGUCCAUGCUUUCUUUACUAUGCCAGGCCAUUUUAAAGAAUGUUGUAAGAAACCAAUAGAAAGAUGUACGCAGUUCAUUAAAGAGCAUUCCUAAUGGUUUAGUGUGGAUAUUAAAGUGUAAAAUAUAACAUUGAAUCGUAAAGGUUCACUAACAUUUUGUAAAAAGUGCAUAAUUGCAAAUUUCAAUAUAUAUCAUAUGUUUUAGGUGAUUUUACUAGCUCAUUAUAUUCGUUCAUAAUUAGUUCAUGUUAUCUAUUCUUGAUAAAUAAAAAUAUAUAUACCAGUAUAUAAAUGU